AUGACGAGCGCUGAGCCACCCAGUUCUGGGCAGCCUUACAGAUCGAAAAUGACUGUUUAUGUUGUAGCAUGUUGGAUAUUUGCUGCCUUCGGGCUUUGUUUGGAGUUGGACUUGGCAAUGAGUCAGUUCCUCUGUUUUUAUCAGAGGUUGCACCAAUGCAACACCGCGGGGCUGUCAAUAUUCUGUAUCAACUCUUUGAGCCUCAUUGAACAUGGAAAAGAGUUUGAAGGGAAAGAAGCACUAAGGAAGAUCCGGGGUGUGGAUGAUGUCGAAUCUGAACUCGAAAUGAUCAAACUGGCAUGUGAGAUAGCAAGGCAAGUCAAGCAUCCUUACAAGAAACUCUUCAAGCGUGUCAGCAUGCCUCCAUUGAUCAUUGGUAUCUCGGUGCAAGUUUUUCAGCAGUUCCCAGGAAUUAAUGCCAUCAUGUUUUAUGCACCGGUUCUGUUCCAAACGGUUGGAUUUAAGAGCGAUGGUUCUCUGCUGUCUGCCAUUAUCACGGGAGUUGUAAAUGUCUUGAGCACUAUUGUCUCAAUCGUUGUUGUUGAUAGGGUUGGGAGGAGGAAAUUGCUUCUUCAAGCUUGUGUGCAAAUGUUCAUAAGCAUGGUGGCAAUUGGAUCAAUUCUGCUUAUUCAUUUGAAGCCUACUGGUUCACUUGAUAAAGGACUUGCUGCAGUUGUGGUGGUUCUUGUGUGUUUAUUUGUUAUGUCUUUCGCAUGGUCAUGGGGUCCAAUGGGUGGAGUGACUUCAAUGGAUGACUUCUUGAAGAAGUUCUUUCCAGUUAUUUAUGAGAGGAAAUUGCAUGCCAAGGAAAACAAUUAUUGCAAAUAUGAUGAUCAAUUGCUUCAACUUUUCACAUCUUCUUUGUACCUUGCUGCGCUUGUUGCAAGCUUUGGAGCUUCAAAGGCCUGCAACGUGCUUGGUAGGAAACCUACAAUUGGUUUGGCAUCGAUACUUUUCAUUCUUGGAGCUAUAGUAAGUGGAAUAGCUCCAAACAAAGCCCUGUUAAUCAUUGGAAGAAUUCUUUUUGGAAUUGGAGUUGGAUUUGGCAAUGAGGUCCUGCUCCAAGUUGUUUACGAAUAG